AUGGCGGCAAGAAACACCACGGUGCAAAACCAAGACUUCGAUGUCCGGGAGCAUCGCAGGAAGCAGAAUGAAAUGGCGCAAGCUCUGCAGUCGAAGAAGAAGUCCUACAAGCUGGAGGACGUGGUGCAGCUGGUCCUCUCCAUCCAUUCUGAUGGCAAUGCCACGCGAGAGGAGCUUCAGCGCUACAUCUCCCUCUUGGAUCGCCAGCUGUCGGAACGGCUGCAAGACGUGGUCACCAAGCUGGCGACGACUCAGACGAGUGUGGAGGACAACGAAAAGGCCUCGAUGGAGCAGCAUCAGAAGCUCUCGUCCAACAUGGAUCGUUUGCACGAGACAGCCAUGAAGACGGCGAAAGAGUUUCAGCAAUCGCUGUCGAAUCAGCUCUCCGACAUGCACAGCCGGAUCAACGAAGAUAUGAGGAGACACGAGGAAAAGAUCACCGACCUCUACGACAAACUUGGUCUGACCCGUCGCGAGCUUUCGGCCAACAUGGCCGUGAUGCGGAGCGAGUCUCGGGUGCUGAUGCACCAGAACAACGAGCUACUUACGAAAGCUCUCAAGGAUUCGGAGCAGGAGACACGCGAGCACGCGAUGACUGCUUUACAACGGACGAAGGCCGAGCUCAAGGACACGCAGGAGCGGCAAGCUGCCUACUUCGAAUCGCGGAUGGACAAGGCGGACACGUUCGCUGAGAACCUCGCGGCCGACCUUGACUAUUUGAGCAAGAAGGUCGAAGCGAACCGCAAUGCAUUGGAGGACCUGGUGGGCAAGGCGUCGGGUGAUUUCCGAGACCGUGAGCAGAUGCUUCGUAAAGAACACGGAAAUUUGCUCGACGUCUUGGACGGCCGAGCGACUCGACUUGACAACAUCAUUGCCGAGGUCGAGAAUAUUCCUACUCGCAAGGUCGAUUGGAUCAUCAAGGACGCUGCCCAGCAGAUCGCGAAACUCGCCCUCCGGAGCGAUCUGGUGUCGGCGCCUCCUGCCUGGGUGUCUCCAAAGUUUGAGGCCGCCGGGGCCCAUUCUCUGCAGAUGGAACUCCGCUUCUUGAGGCCUUCGGAUGUGCAAGCAGACCAAGACCAGGACUCAAUGGCCGCGCGCGGGGACUGCGCCCUUGCGCUUCGCGGCGAUCCGGGUCUUUUUCUCGUUUGCCGGCUGUUCGUAGGCUCUGCAUUUGGGCAGAUCGAGCACACCUUCCAAGACGAGACAACUGCCGUUUGUAGCAAGCCGAUCUGCUUCAUUCGCGACCAGAUAAACGAAAAGGAUGGCUCCCUCGUGAUCAGCUUCGAAGUUCUCGAGGCCAUCCGCAGCGUGUCCAGAUACGCGCCUGCCAGGGCGGAGGCAAACGGAGCUUUGGGCCUCGGUGGUCAGAUCAAGUAUCAUCGGUACUUGAACCAUCGAAUGCUCGACAUAGUGCAAGACCAGGUGGAUUUGAUCCGUUCUGGCAUGGUGCGCCGCAUCGAGUGGCGGCUGGAGAGAGCAUCGCAGCUCCGGAAGUGCUUUCCAGAGAACGAAUGCCUUUGCAGCACAACCUUUGAGGCGGCUGGCGUGGACGAUUUGCAGCUCGUUUUCUACCCGUCCGGGUAUGUGGGUGCUCGAGAAGGCUUUUGCUCCUUCUUCUUGCACUGUCCUGCCGGCAGCAUGCUCAAAUGCUGGCUGUCCGUGGGCAAGCACCGGCGGGAGGCAAAGUGCGCCUUCGAAAAGCCUGGCUACUUCGGUCGCACCAACUUCUGCCGCUUCGACAACAGUAUCGACCCAGCAGAUGACACGACAAUGCUCGUGCUCGAAAUUGACGAGGCGCAGUGGAACAUCGAAGAGCCACUCUCGCACCAGCCCAUGGGUAAGGUUUCUACUGUCUCUACCAAGCAGAAUACCUUCAGCGACGACGAGUCGAAGAGCAUUGGCCUGCCACUGAGCCCGGAAGGAGCCUCUCCUAUGUUGGACAAGGUGGACAGCAAGCUCAGCCGGCAGAGGAUGCCCGGGUCACGAACUUUGCAGGAAACAAGGCAGCUGCCGUCCAUUUGGACAUCGGUGCCCAAGGCCGAUGUCUUUGAGGCGCUGGAAGGAUAUCGUUCCUUCAACGACCUGAAGACUCCGCGAAGGCCUUUAUCGACUGCGCGCAAUACGAAGGGUGGCGUGGCAUGGAAAGAUCCACAUCCCCAGCCGCCGCAAAGUUCCCGGCAGAAUCCCCACCGCUAUGUGAUGUAUGCUUCGUAA